AUGCUGUCAAACCAAGAACUAAAAAACAAGACAACUGAACACCUCAAGAAAAAUUUCCCCCUCUCUGAGUGGGUCCAUGUCUUCACCGACGGCUCGCAAGAUAAAACAACCCAGAGAGCCGGACACGGUGUCUACUGCCUCUUCUUCGAGGAAUCAACCCCCAUGGCAGAAGGCGCCAGCCACUUUGACGCGGAAGUCGCAGCUAUUGCCAGAGCAGCCCAGAAAAUUGCUGAGGUAAAAAACUUCCCCCUCAAUAAGACAAAAUUUGUCAUCCUUUGUGACAGCAUCUCUGCAAUGCAGUUCAUCUGCCAACCUGCAAAUUUGCAUCCUGACUCACUGCUCUUCAAAAUCUCUCUCGUCAAUCUACGAGCAAGAAAUCACCAACUCGAUCUUCAAUGGAUCCCGAGCCACUGCCAAAUCCUCGGGAAUGAAAAAGCAGACUUCCUCGCAAAAGCCGGCACCAAAAAGAUCUGCAACCAAAUUAAGGCCCUCACCUUUAACAACGUCAAAAAGAAAAUCAAAUCAGCCGCCAGCAAACUCUUUAAAAACAGCAAGGAGGAGGCUGCCAAGCUCAAAAGCUGGUGGACUGAAAUUAAAAAGGGCCCAGACAAAGUAUGGUCUCGCAGGACAGCAACAGCACAAUUUCGCCUAGCCACCGGCAACGACGUCCUGCAGCACCACCUCAACAGAUUCCAGAUUACGAAAGAUCCAGCCACCUGCAAACUUUGUAAAUUAGAAAAUCAAGACAGAGCGCACCUCAUUAGAUGCGCCGCUCUCAAGAGUGACAUAGACUCCCUACCAAAUGAUUUGAGUAGGACAGAAAAAGAAGCCAUUCUCUACUGGAUAGCAAGAAAAAGAAAUAGCUGA